AUGGCAAACGUACCAAGGUCCCUCACAUACUCUUCUCCAGCCCUCUUCAACCAAGCCGUGACAGCAGAUCCUUGGCCAUCUUCCUUUGUUUUAGAUAUUAUUAUGGGUAGUACUGGAGAAAAGAGUCUGAGGAACUUUCACCUACACCUGCCUCAUCUUCACCAUCACAAGAAGCAAGCGAGAGAUGUUCCGAAAGGGUGUUUGGCAAUCAAGGUGGGUCAGGGAGAGGAGCAACAGAGAUUUGUAGUGCCCGUCAUAUACUUCAAUCACCCGCUGUUCAUACAGUUAUUGAAGGAAGCAGAAGAAGAAUAUGGCUUUGAUCAAAAAGGCACCAUCAGUAUCCCUUGUCAUGUGGAGGAGUUUAGGAACGUUCGAGGCAUGAUUGACAGGGAAAAGUCCAUUCACCAUCACCAUCUUGUUGGAUGUUUUAGGGCUUGA